CCUGUAAACACACUCACAAAGUGGGGACCGAAAACAAAGUGGGGACCAAAUCCUCGGUCCCCACAAUGUUUAGCUUUAAAUAGGCUCUAGAGGCACUGCUGAUAUGCCUCGUGCAGUUUUUUUUUUGAAGCCCCACCAUGAGCAAAUACCUGACUUAAGUGUGUGAGUGUGUGUUCAAGCGGUGCUCUUCAGCGCCCCUGCAGUUCAGUCUCAGAACUGCACCUGUAAGCACACCUAUGACGUCACACGCAAAGAUACACACUUUUGCAGCAGCAGCACAUGCGGUUGGUCUUGCAGCGGGUCAAGGCCAAAAUGAGACGGAGGAGGAUAAACCCUAUUAAAAAUGCGGAGGAGCACGUGUUAAACGCCGUGGACAAAACUUAUGCUCUGGAAACCAAGUUCAUCAGUAAUUAUAAAGGUCGUGGAGUGUUUGCCUUGUCCCCUUUUAAUAAAGGAGAUUUUGUUGUGGAAUACCGAGGCGAAUUGAUUGACUUUAAUGAAGCAGAAAAGAGAAGAGAGGUCACUCAAAGUCCUGUCUUUUUUUUUGACUUCAUUUGGGAAAACAAGAAGUGGUGCAUUGAUGCAACCGAGGAGAACACCACCUUUGGAAGGCUAGUGAAUGACGACCACUUGCACCCAAACUGUACAGUAAAAAAGAUUGUUGUCCAAGGAAACCCCCAUUUGUGCCUUUUUGCAGCGAGAGAUAUUAUUCCUGGAGAGGAAAUAACAUAUGAUUAUGGACCAAGUGACUGGCCUUGGAGAAAGGUUUGA